AUGCCGGGGGUGCCAAGGUGUGCGGGGACAAGGGGCUCCGGUCCUGCUGGGGCUGGGGAGCCUUCGGGCAGCAUCCCCCACCAUUCUCCGCUCCCGGCAGCGCUUGGCGGGCUGGAAUCGGCCCCUUCUGUCGGCAUCGUGAGCAAAGGAGGGGGGAAAAAAGAACCCUCCGAGCUUCAGGCCUUCGGGAGCUGGCCUGGUGACACACGUGGCGCCAUUCUCCUCGCUGUUCCCGCACCCCACGUCGUGCAGCCUGCACAGCUUUUCAUCUGCAGCACAAACCAGGAGGACCCCUCACCUUCACAGCAGCUCCUUCCCUCCCCUUGCAGGUGGGGCAUCCUGUUCUCCCACCCGCGGGACUUCACCCCCGUGUGCACCACGGAGCUGGGCCGGGCGGCCAAGCUGGCGCCGGAGUUCAGCAAGCGCAACGUGAAGAUGAUUGCGCUCUCCAUCGACAGCGUGCAGGACCACCUCUCCUGGUGCAAGGACAUCAACGCCUACAACGGGGAACAGCCUGCAGAGAAGCUGCCCUUCCCCAUCAUUGCUGACAAGAACCGGGAGCUGGCCGUCAAGCUGGGCAUGCUGGACCCCGACGAGCUGGACAAGGACGGGAUGCCCCUGACCGCCCGCGUGGUGUUCGUUUUUGGCCCGGAUAAGAAGCUGAAGCUCUCCAUCCUGUACCCAGCCACCACUGGGAGGAACUUUGAUGAGAUCCUGAGAGUGGUGGACUCCCUGCAGCUCACAGCUUACAAGAAGGUCGCUACCCCUGUGGACUGGAAGCCCGGUGACAGCGUCAUGGUGGUGCCCACCUUACCUGACGAGGAAGCCAAGAAGCUCUUCCCCAAAGGAAUCUUCACCAAGGAGCUCCCGUCGGGCAAGAAGUACCUGCGCUACACCCCGCAGCCAGAGUGAGGGCUGUCUGUCCGUCUGUCCGUCCUGCUGGGACGCCAGAGCCUUCCUGAGCCCGGCUCCUGCCCCUCUGACACAGCCUGGCACCGUCACGCUGCUGGUGCGGUACUAAACCAGCCCUCCUGUCCCUUCCACCCCCAGAGCUAACCCCGGCUGCGUUCCUGCCCGGCAAGGACGAGAUGAGCAGAGCACUGGGGACUCUGGGGCUGCUGCUCUGGUGUCUGUCCCGUGUGGUCCCAGCCAAGCUUUUCCCAGGGCUGUGCUGAGAAGGGGUGUCCUGCUGGGACAGGGAGCUUUGGGGGCUCCAAGCUGCUGUGUGCCUCUCAGAGCAGCCAUCUAACCUUUGGUCCCAUGAGUAGGGGAGGAGCUGCAGAGCCAAAUCUCUCACUUCUUAACUGCUUUCUCAUCUCUUGCUGGAAGGUGAUUGUUUUCAGGUUUUGUGGAAGAGGGACUCGAGCAAAUAAACUGACCUUCAGUACUA